AUGGAAGCUCUUUCACCUGAAAAAGGCACAGAGCAGGAAAUUCUUGAACCUGCUGUCGUAUUUGGGAACUCAUCCGUUUAUGCCAUAGCGCAAGUUGGAAAAUCAAGAAAUACAUUUCACCAAGUCUUUUGGAUUAUUUUUCUAUUCAUGGCGCUUUUCGUUUGUAUUCACCAACUUUAUCCUUUUAUAGUUGUAUAUUCACAGUAUGACGUUAUCGUCGAUUUUCAAGUCGAACAUAAGUGGAGCUUAAAAUUUCCUGCAGUAACUGUUUGCAAUUUGAAUCGAAUGAAAAAGCGAUAUAUUUUGUGCAUGAAUCGAAAUAGUCCAUUGGACGUUUGUAAGAAUAGCGCGCAAGGGGGAAAAACAACAUUCACUCUGUCUGAAAGAAAUACAAUAAUAUCAUGCAAAGCUCUCUUGUAUGGAAAUAGCAGCAUCUCGCAUCACUCAGCCCUUCCAUUUAUGACGAGAUAUUCUCUUUUGGAUAAAGAAAAGCGUAAUUCAAUAGGAGAGCAAGCCAGUAGCUUCAUACGUAGCUGCUCGAUAAAUGGCGCAAUUUGCUCAAUAGAAGAAUUUUCGUUCGUGCAAAGUUUCCGCCAUGGUAACUGCUAUACUUUUAACAAACGAAAGAAAACUGAUUUCAAUCCCCUUGUGGCUUCAAUGAAUAAACCUAAUUUAGGUUUGGAGCUAGUUUUGGAUUUGCAUCUUAAACAAUAUAUGACAGAAACGCAAGCAAUUGGAGCAAAGAUAUUAAUACAUCAUCCGAAAGAUGAACCAAAUAUAGAGGAAGAAGGGAUUACAAUUAGUCCAGGAUUUGAAACUUCAAUAGGUUUGUCGAAAAUGCAGAUCGUAAGACUACCAUAUCCUUUCAGAGAUCAGUGUAUUCACUAUGAACUUGAUGAUAAAUAUCCUUUCUCCAACCAACAGGACUGUGUCAGAAGUUGCAUACAAAAUUUUAAUAAACUUGCAUGUGGAUGCACAGAUCCAACUAUACCGAAAGCAGAUGAAACAAAACUUUGCAAUAUUUCUAAUGCCACAGAUGUUUGUUGUCUUGAUAAGGUUUUGGAAGAUCUAACAGCAGACAAAUUUACUUGUGACUGUCCAUUUCCUUGCCAUUCUGUUGGUUACGAUAUCCAACUUUCCUAUGCAAAAUGGCCAUCAAAUGCAUUGGGAUAUUUUCAGAAAUACGAUAUGAUCCAUGCAAAUAAAAGUGAAAUUGCGAGAAAUCAGGCAGCGAUAAAAAUAUAUUUUUCUGAUUUUAGACUAACGUCGUAUUUUCAAAAGCCUAAGUUUGAAAAAUCGGAAAUCUUCAGUCACCUCGGUAGUGAACUUGGUUUGUGGUUAGGAUUUUCCCUUUUUGCGACACUUGAAAUAUGUGAGAUUUUAUGGCUAAUUGUAAAUUACUUCCUUAAGAAGUCCUUAGCUUUCCUAAGAAUUCGAACACAAUAA